CGGAGACACUGGGAAGACGGCAAGCUUGCUCAGCGGGGUCGCACACCGCUCCUCCUAUUGGACGGCAGUGACCAAUAGAAUGUGGGGCUCGCCCGCGCUGCUGCGUCACGUCUGGGACCGCGGAGUAUUCCAGACGCCUGCAACUAAACGUGGCCGGGUCUGCGAGCUAGGUGCCAGCGGGGGAAGUUUCCCUGCUUCUUAUCGCCUGCUUUAACGCAGUAAACAGCCCGCUGAAGGCUGCAGCAGGUGCUAGGUAACAUCCUCCCGGCCCUCGGGAAAGGCGGGGUGGGGAGGCGAGAGCAACUUAGCCUCCUCGACCUCCCUUCCUGGUGACGGACGAACAGUUCCUGUAGAAUUUCGCUUCACCGAGUGACCUUGAGCCCAGGGCGACGGUCAGCUUGUUAAUUCCUGGCUGCAGGAACUUUGUGAGAAUUUUAAUGCAUGGAAAAGCUGUCCAUGUUCCAACUGCUGUACAUCCAAAUGUCUCAGUGUAAUAGCAGGACCAAAAUAUUCUGUCAAUCAGCUGACAUAUACUUAAUGACUCCUAAAAUCUCGUGGACUUCUAAAUGUUCUGUUUGCCCAGAAAGCGCUAUGGCCUGUGCUGCUGUUAUGAUUCCUGGGUUGUUGCGAUGCUCUGUUGGAGCCAUCUGUACUGAGGCUGCUUCACUGAGAUUGACACUCAGCACUUUGCGCCACCUUACUCUAACCAGCAUAAUGAAAUCCAAAAGGAAAACUGAUCACACGGAGAGAACUGCAAGUGUCCUUCGACGGGAGAUUGUGUCAGCAGCUAAGGUGUGUGGAGCUGCCAGUGAGUCACCGUCAGUGAAGAGCCUCCGCUUGCUUGUUGCUGAUCAAGACUUUUCCUUUAAAGCUGGCCAGUGGGUUGAUUUCUUUAUUCCAGGAGUCUCUGUGGUUGGUGGGUUUUCAAUAUGCUCCAGUCCCAGACUGCUGGAACAAGAGAGAGUGAUAGAAUUGGCAGUGAAAUAUACGAACCACCCUCCUGCCCUCUGGGUUCACAAUACGUGUACACUUGACUCUGAAGUGGCUGUGAGAGUGGGUGGAGAGUUCUUCUUUGACCCUCAGCCUGCGGAUGCCUCUAGAAACCUCGUGUUGAUUGCAGGAGGAGUCGGAAUUAACCCUCUGCUUUCCAUCCUGCGGCACGCAGCAGAUCUCCUCAGAGAGCAGGCAAACAAAAGAAAUGGAUAUGAGAUAGGAACAAUAAAACUAUUCUACAGUGCAAAAAAUACCAGCGAACUCCUGUUUAAGAAAAAUAUCCUUGAUUUAGUAAAUGAGUUUCCUGAGAAGAUUGCAUGCAGUUUGCAUGUUACAAAACAGACUACACAAAUCAAUGCGGAACUCAAGCCGUACAUCACGGAAGGAAGAAUAACGGAGAAGGAGAUAAGAGAUCAUAUUUCAAAAGAGACUUUGUUCUAUAUUUGUGGCCCACCUCCAAUGACAGACUUUUUCUCCAAGCAACUGGAAAACAACCAUGUACCCAAAGAACACAUUUGCUUUGAGAAGUGGUGGUAGGAGGCAGACAAAGACAGAAAAAAUAAAGAGGCCUCCCAGGGACUUGUGGGCUUGAACACAUAUGAUUCAUGGGACCUGAAGGUGACUCUAGCUUCUGCCCAGUUUUGAGUUUUGUCAAGUUUUAAGCAGAGAUCAUUUGUCAACUAUUUUGAUCCCAGAUUUGAAUUUGGGGAGGAAGGGAGGAGCUAUUGACCUGAUGGGAAUAUCAUAAUCCAUUCAAGGAAAUGGUCAUCACUACCUCAGAGGUGAAGGGAAUAUGUGAAGCUCUGGAUCACUACAAGGAGCCCUGACUUAUCAGUUGGCCCCAAAGUGCCCAGGCUGAGGGCAUAGGAGCAUGAUGAGAUGCAAGGAUGUGGGAUUAUCAAGGGGCAUUUCUACCCAGGCCUCUCUGCAUUAGGAGUGGAGGUGCAAAGUGAGCAUCUCCAGUGCAGCAUGGGAUGGGAAGAUAGGGAGGUGUCGCCCACUGUCUCUGUUUAGCCAGCACCACGGCUGGCUGUGUGCCUGCUACUGUCAGAGAGCAAGGGUCACCUGUCCUGGAGAUCCCAGCUUUGCCUGCCACCCUGUUGCUGACUCAGUAUUGGCAGAAUUGCUGAGAUGGGCCAGGUCAUCGCCUUUGCCUGGAGUGUUCAUCCUUUCAGUGCCAUUAUUCUGGUGCUGAGUGCUGAAGAGCAUUUUCUGGUCUAGUCGAGAAUGUCCUCUUGUUUUUGCCUGCCAGGCCUGUCUGAUCUUUUUGGUACUUAAAUUGAGCUAACUCCAGCCAGAGUGGCUUGGAAUUCAUAGUGCGGUGGCUCAGAGUAUAGGCUGGAAAGCCCUUGAGCCAGAUUGCCUGGGUUCAAAUCUCACCUAUACUACUUACUAGGUAGAUGACCUUGAGCAAGUCACUUAACUGCUGUAUGCCUCAUUUAAAAUUACACACUUAAAACUACAUGUAAAAGGGAGAUGAUACUGCUGCCUACCUACCUACCUGAUAGGGCUGUUACAGGGAAUUGAAGGUGAUCAUACGUGUAAAGUGCUUGGCAGAACACUGCAUGAGUGUGUUGUCAUUAUUAAUUUGCUAUUCCUUGUCCUAUUCAGAAAGGAUUUCAAGAGGCUGGAUGCCUUAGAUGUGGUCUAACUUGAAACCUUCAUGUGGGUGUGCGUCUGUCUUGUUUAUUGCUGUGCCAGGCACAAAAUAGGUAUUUCAUAAAUAUGUGUUAUAUGCUCAGAGUUGAUGAGCUGGAUUAAAGUGACUUCUUAAGGAUCCUCUGGCUCUAUGAGUUUGAAAAAAUGUUUCUUCUUUUGACAUGAGACCCUUUCACAGCCUACUCAAGAGACUAGGUUAGUUUGAUAUUUGUAUCUUUCUCAGAUUUUAUUUAUAUUUUUUCAAACAUACAACAAAGUAGAGAUAGUAAAAUGACUUCUCGUGCAUCCAUCACCCAGCUUCCAUGACUAGCAGCAUUCUGUUUUUGUCAGCCCUCAGUUUCUUUGUGGGGGUGUUCUUGCUGGUGUGUUUUCAAGCAAAGCCUAGCAAUUGUAUUGUGUCACUUCUAAAUUCUUCAGUAUAUAUUUCUAACAGAUAAUCACCUCAGCACAACCACAAUGUCAUCAUCAUACCUAACACAAGUGACAAUGAUUCCUUAAUAUCCUCUAAGACCCUUCUGUGUUGUUUCCUCAUGGCCUCAAAAGUCCGAAUAGUGCAUUAGGUUAAUGUCUUUUAAGUUUAUUUUAAUUAAAUGGCACACGCCUUACACCCCCUACACAUAUACAUGGACACUUUUUUUCCCCCGUGAUUCAUUUGUUAAAGAAACUAACUUAUUUGUUCUGCAGGCUUUCCCACAUUUUGAACCUGGCCUAUUGUAUCCUCAGGGUGUUGCUUGAUCCUCUCUCCUCUGUAUUUCAUGUAAACUGGUAAUUAGAUUUAGAACUUGUUUAUAUUCAGAUUCAAGAUUUUUUUUUGCAAGCCUAUAUUAUAAAGCGGUGUGCUUCCUGCGGCAUCACAUGAGGCAUAUAAUGUCUGUCCCACUUUUAAUGCUGUUAAGAUGGAUCAGUGGUUUCAGCAUUUGUCAGCCUGAUUCAUCCAAUAUAAUGGUCUUCAUCAAACUUUCACCUAAUUGUUUUAGCAGGCAUUGAUCAUUGCCAAUAGCUAUUUUUUCAUUAAGGAUUAAUUAUCCAUUUCUGUUAUUCUUCCUGCAUAUAUUGUCUGUGAUUGUUCCAUAUAGAACUUUUCCUCAUCAGCUUUGAUUCUCCUGAAAUGAGUCUGUAAAGAAAAGGCAGGAUUGAUGCUUGAUUUCUUUCCUUUUAUUUAUCAGUUAGCAUACUAUGAGUUGGUGCCUUAGCAGCCUGUAGACGACUGGUGAGAUUAUUUAAAGUAUCAUUAUGAACUCAUGGCUUUUUAUACAUUUGAUUGUUUUCAUCCAUUACAGUCAAUUUUUUGAUGUUCAGCUUGUUUUAGGUUGCCCCUGCUGUGUCAGUGGUUCACGCUCAAUCAUGAUGGUUGAUGAGGUUCGGGGCUCUUAACAUGUGCAAAAAGUUCUCUAAUAAACAGGUAGGAGGAAAAGGAGAUGAGUGUGGUGUUAAGAAGCCUCAUGAAGAAAGUGUUUCAUAGAGGAUGGAUUGGCUAGCUGUGUCAUGCUGCUAAUAGGACAGGAAAGAUGAGGUCUGAUGAGUGAUGAUUGAGUGGCCAUUGAUUUGGCAACUGGUCCGGUCAUUGGUGAUCUUGAUAAGACGGAUGGUGGGAGUGAAAACAGUGAAAUAGGUUUAGGAGCAAUUGAGAGGAAAUCAAUUAUAAUGAAUAUAGAUAAUAGUUUUAAAGAAAUUUACUAUAAAGAGAAGAAAAAAGAUGGAAUGGUAGCUGGAAAGGGAAGUGGGGUCAAGAGAACAUUUAUUGUUCUCAUUGGGUUGUUUUAUUUUUUAAACUUUUUGUUUUGAAGUAAUUUUAGAUUUACAGAAGAGUUGCAAAGACAGGGUUCCUCUCUAUCCUUCAUCCAGCUUCCCCAAAUGUUUAACGUAGUUGUGGUAUAUUUAUCAAAACUAGGGAAUGAACAGUACAGCUAAGUUGGUACAGUAUUAUUAACUAAAGCACAGUUUUUGUGUCGUUUUGUUUUUUUAAGAGGAGUGAAAUAACAGCCUGAUUGUAUGAAAAACCGUGAAAGAGUAAUUCAGUGGGACUCAGUGAAGUGACACCUUCUUCUAGAGGAUGGUGUAUUAACUGUCAUUUAUUGAGCAUCUGCUAUGUGCAGUCACUGAGCUAGACAUUGAAGAUAGGAAAGUAUAAGACAAAGGUUAUCUUAGGAGCAAGUUAAAUACUUUGGGAAACUUUUUUUUUUUUUUUUUAGUAAGUCUAAGUGAUAGAAGGUAUCUUCUGGAAAUAACUGAGUUACACAUUGAGAACAUUUCGACAAAAUUGAAAGUGGAAAUGCUCUGGGGGAAAAUAUUUUUUUGCACCUAUCACUGUUUGAAAGAGAAGCUAUAGCAAAUGGUUGACUGGGUGAGUCACUGGAAUGAUGGAUCUUAGGGACCCAGGGGUAGCAGAGUGGGAAAGGCUGCACCCAUGCUCUGGAGGGUAGGAGGAUUGUUAUAUGGGACUCACAGCACAAACACGUGUGCAUGCAGUGAUUGUCAAAUGAUCCAAGGGCAUGUCUCGUCGCUCCUAUUUUUUUUUUCCUGUCUGAAUGGAAAACAGCAAUUUCCUCCAUUCCUGGUUAUUGCAGAUGAUCUGAUAAUUUAACGUGAGAGCCGUUAUUUCAUUUUAUUUUAUUUUAAAACUCAAAAGAAGUAUACUGUUCUCAUCUUAAACAGUGAGAUGUCUGGUCUUUAAUAUUACUCUUCCUUAACAUACAAUAAGCUAGCAGUGUGAUGAUGACAUGUAGAUACCUCCUAAUGUGCCAUAAAAUCAAGGCAUGCAUUUUAAAAUGUUUCGUGCCCAGGAAUCCAAACUUUUAUAGUUGUUGAGCAGCCAUCUUCAUCUGGUCUGUUCUGAAUUCUUAAAACCUGCAGGAGCUCAUCAGCCUGACCUGGCCCCUUCCAGCUCAUCCCCAUGUCCUAUUUUGCUAUAUUUGAGCAUAACAAGAUUUUGUCUCUUCCUUUUUAAAAAUUAAUUACCUAAUAAAUAUGACCAAAAAUUGUUAAAUAAUUUUUUAUUAAUUACCUAAUAAAUGUGACCACAAA